GGAUUACACUGAAUUGGAUUGAAGCAGCGUAGGAUGGCGAUUUUGCCUUCUCUUGCAGUUCCUUCAACUCCCAAGUUUCGGGUUAAGCUGUUUCAAUGCCAACCCUGUCAAUUCCAUAGAUGCUCUGAAAUAUCUAUGCCCCAUCGAACAUGUUAUAGUCGAACCAGAUCAAUUAAAGUAUCAAUGGCUGACCAUAACGAACCUAAUGAGGUUAAGAUGCAGAUUGGGAUCAUGAGGGAGAAACUCAAGGAAGCAAUGCCAAUCUCAGUUCAAGAAUUUCCUUGGACAAAAGCUGAGCGUGUUCUUCUAGAUAGGUUCCUUAAUCUUGCACAAGAGGCAGUGAAAUGGUCUCUCAUUUUAUUUUUCUUCUUUAGCUCUUUAUCAGACAUAGUAUAUACAUUCUCCAGAAAUUGUGAAUUGAUAAUCCCUGUUGGCCUCUUUGUUGGCUGUGUUAUGGCUGAUUUCUUGAAGGAGAUAUCACAAGAAUUGUUUCAAAGAUAUGAGGGAAAGGAUUUGAAAUGGCAUCUUCUUGGCAUGUAUUGCCUUUUUGUGUUUGUCAAGUUUAUGUCCACAUGGUUUGCAGUACUACCACACGUGUUUCUUUUGCAUGUUGCAAAUGGUGGACUGAUGCAGGUUUUGUGGUAUUGGAGAAAUUUUAUGGAAGAUGCAAAGAACAAACAGGAAACAAGCACUUCCUCUGGUUUGGAGGCUUCAUGAUAGAUGGAUGGAUAGGUUUUAAGUUUUUUGGCUCAUCUUUGUGAGCAGAUUGGGUUGUAUUUUGGUAUAAAUAUCUGGCCGACAUAAUCUUGCAAUCUUUCCGCCAGUUUCUCUUAUCAUUCCUGAAUUUCGUCCAGCAGCAACUAACCACUCUCAAUCAUAUUGCCCAUUGUUAAGUGGUUAUUUUUUUCUGCUUCUUAAGGUGGAUGCAGCACAGUGUAGGAGCAAGUUUUAAGUAUCAUGUAACAAUAGAUAAACAGUGACUUAUUCUGUUAUGUUUAUGGGCAUUACCAUUUAACUAUCAAGAAAUAUUUUUCUUUUUGCGU